GACAUCACCUAAAAAAUAAUAAAUCUGAUAACCUCCAUGCAACCAAAAUCUGAUAAGCCAUUAUCUCUGCUAUAAAACAAUUUUUCCACCUUGUGCAAACUCCAGAUAAUCCGGUAGUUAUUCGAUCAUGUCCCUAAAACUGUACUACACAUCAGUAAGCCCCCCAUGCCGGGCGUCCCUUUUGACAAUUAACGCCUUGGGCAUUGACGUCGAACUUGUCCCAAUAAAUCUAAGCGCACAAGAACAUCUCACUACCGAGUUUCUUCAGCUUAAUCCCUUUCACACCGUGCCGACGCUUCAAGAUGGAUCUUUCACACUUUGUGACAGUCAUGCAAUUAAUGCGUAUCUUGUCGAAAAGUACGCAACGGAUGAUUCUCUCUACCCCAAAGACUUGCAACAAAAGGCCAUCGUCAGCCAAAGGCUGCACUUUGAUUCAAACGUACUGAGCGCAAGGCUUUCGGCGAUUACGGGCCCCAUUUUGCGAGGCGGUGCCAAAACUGUGGCCAAAGACAAGGCCGACGCUCUGCUCCAGGGCUUAACCCUCCUGGAGACGAUCCUCGAAACGAACAAAUACGCCUGUGGCGAUAAGUUAACCAUUGCCGAUUUCAGUCUUGUCACCACUGUCAGUAGUGCAAACGCAGUCCUUCCUUUAGCCUCCAACAGGUUUCCGAAAAUUUUCGACUGGUGGAACCGACUUGAAGCUCUACCCUUCUACAAAGAAGCGAACCAGGAGGGUCUAGAUGCGUUCACAAAUCUCAUUAAAAGCAAAAACAUUGUGCGACAAAAUUCGACAACAGCGCUACGUCAAGCAAUGGCCAAGCUCUACUACAAUGACAUGAGCCCCCAGAGCAGGGCCGUGCUGAUGACGGCGGGCGCCAUCGGGGCGCGACUCCACCUCCAGGAGGUCCACCUCUACGGCAAGGACCCCGACCCGCAGCUCCUCCAGAUAAACCCCCAUCACACGGUGCCCACGUUGCUCGAUGGUGACUUUACCAUCUGGGACAGCCACGCGAUUGUGGGCUAUCUCGUCGGACAGCACUCCUCCGAUGAGCUCUACCCCAAAGAGACGAAACCGAGAGCUCUAGUUGAUCAGUUUUUACAUUUCGAUUCAGGCGUCUUGUUUCCUAGAGUCAAUAGCAUUAUCGAUUCCAUCGUAGUGGAGAACGAUAAAGAAAUAUCGACGAAAAGAAUAAGUGCAAUUACGGAAUCUUACAAAUUUUUAGAUAAAUUUCUACAAAACAAGAACUACUUAAUUGGUCCAAACCUAACGGUGGCUGACUUAUGUUGCGUUGCAACGAUCAGUACAGCCACCAUAAUAACCCCCAUAUCAACGGAAAAGUACCCCCAUCUUUCCACGUGGUACCGAACCUGCAAGAAUCUUCCCUUCUACGAAGAAACAAACGGCGUGGGUCUCAACAAACUCGACGCUUUGGUCGAACUCAAGCUAGGACGACCUCGAACCAAAGACUUCUGUGAAUAAACUUUCUAUGUGUGAAUACAAGAAUUAAAAGGAACCUCAAACUGG